AUGUGUAAACUUGUAAAACAUUCUCAACAGGAAAUAGAUGGAAGAAGAUUGCAGCUGCAGGACGAGGAGAGGAAACGGUACAAGCUGUACAUGCUGCCCACGCUUCAGCCCCGCCUCCUGCACGAGGUCUCGCCCCGCUCCUCCCACUGUCCCCGCCCAACUCCCGGUUUCCGCCAAUUGCCCCCUUGGCCCCGCCUCCCGCCCCCGCCCCUCGACCCGCGCCUUUCUCCAUCCGGGUUUUUUUCUCUCGUGCUGUCUUGCAAGCUGGAGCUGCAAGGUGAGCGCGUCUCUGCUCCCGCAGGUUCGUCGUCUUCUGGGGAUCGCUCACAGGUCACGGUGUCCAGGGAGCUGCUGACCGCGGGGAGCUCGGGUUCGCGAGGUAUCUGGGACCAGUUGCUCAUCAGCUCUAAGCCCCAGCCCAGGAAGACCUCUACUGUUCAAACAGUUCGGAUGCAGAGGAGCCCUUUGUUAGACCAAGUGCAGGCGUUCCUCCCACAGCUGGCCCAGGCCAAUGAAAAGCUUCGGAAGGAAAUGGCGGUUGCUCCAGCGGAUCGCUUCGAUAUUGAAAACACCGAGGGGACAUCCGGGAACAUCGUACAGAUGGAUGUGGCCUUAUUCGAGAUUAAUCGGUCAGAUUCAAAGGAAGAGGACAGCUCCGAAGAGAGCUCCCCUGACAGCUCUGCGGACAGCUCAGAGUACGAAGAUGAAGACUGCACCCCCUCCGAAGUCACUGUGGACAACAUAAAGCUUCCGAGUGCAGAAGGUGGCAGAGGCAAUAUUGAAGUGCUAGACAGUCCGGCAAGUAAAAAGAAGAAGCAGUGAGGUAGAAGGACGGAGAGAGGCAGGAGCCACACCUGCGACCUGUGGGGAGGGCGGCCCCCGGGGUCCUGGGCUUCAAGGUCCCUAUGGCGCCUUAACUGUCAAAAAGGAAAAUUCACAAAUUUGGGGGUGUUGUACAUAGAAAGUGUUCAGACUGCAGGGAGGGUCGUGCCCUUGGAAACUGAGAAGGGAAAUAUGGAAGAAAUCACUGGGUUGGCUACAUGCAGAUAUUUGCCCAAGUUGGUAUGGUCUGAACUGUGAGGUCUGGGACUCAUUGACGCUCAUUCAUGCUAAAAUCAGGGUAUUGGUUACAAAAUUCCCACUUCCAAAUUAGAGUUUGGUUUGUUCGUGUACCAAAGCAGGUUCCAGUUUGUUAUAUAGGAACCAGGUACUGGAGACCAGCCCAGGAUAAUGGCCCCCUGCCAUUGAAGGUGUUUUUAUUUUAUUUUAUUCACAAAAACCAAAGCUGCCUUUUAAAGUUCUGUAAUGGACAGCAUGUGAUUGACAUCCCGUGAGGGUAGACUGACCUUUGCUCUUGCCGUGAAGAGGUCUAGUGUUUACAAAUACCUGCUGUAUCACUGUGUAUAUGUUGGUGUAUGAAUUCAUGUAAACAUUGUCUUCAAACUGUAAUGGUGCCGCAGCCUAAAGAAUGACUCCAGUUCUCCUGUGACUUGGGUAGCUGUUCUGACUCAGUGGUACUGAUUUAUGAGGACUAGUGCCCGAGGUGAGAA